GCAGUACAACGAAGGUCGCCGCGGAGACCGCGGACCCCAGAGCGUCCCCUUUGGAGUCCCUCGGGACUAAGCGUCCUGUUGGCCUUCCACCUUGGAGGUCACGGUCCGGCUUUCUCUUCGUCCCUCCCUCUCCCCACCCUCCUCGUUCUCUCCCUGGGUGUCCCCCUUCGUGCGUAGUGGUUUGUCCCAUCCGUUGGAUUCCUUCCGCCGGCGCGUGGAUGCCGGUGCGCGUGCGCAGCCAGCUGUGGCACAGGCGCCUCGGCUGUGAGUGUCUUUUAUAAGGGCUGCCAGGCACAAUGAAGGUUCUCCUACUGAAAGAUGCCAAGGACGAUGACAGUGGCCAGGAUCCAUAUAUCCAGGAGCUGGGAUUGUAUGGAUUGGAAGCUACGCUGAUUCCUGUUCUGUCAUUUGAGUUUUUGUCUCUCCCCAGUUUGUCAGAAAAGCUCUCUCAUCCAGAAGGCUUUGGAGGACUCAUUUUUACCAGCCCCAGAGCAGUGGAAGCAGUGAAGCUGUGUUUGGAGAAGGACAAUAAAACUGAAGCCUGGGAAAAGUCCCUGAAAGACAGAUGGAAUGCCAAGUCUGUGUACGUGGUUGGAAGUGCUACCGCUUCUCUAGUGAGUAAAAUUGGCCUGGAUGCAGAAGGAGCACACAGUGGAAACGCAGAAAAACUUGCUGAGUAUAUUUGCUCAAGGCCAUCUUCAGCACUGCCUCUUCUCUUUCCCUGUGGAACUAUCAAAGGAGAUACUCUUCCCAAAAUGCUCAAGGACAAAGGGAUCCCUAUGGAAAGCAUGCAUGUCUAUCAGACAAUUCCACACCCUGGAAUCCAAGGGAACUUGGAAAGCUACUACGAAAAUCAGGGUAUCCCAGCCAGCAUCACUUUUUUCAGUCCCUCUGGCCUUAAAUACAGCCUCGACUAUAUCCAGGCAUUAUCUGGUGGCAGCUUUGAUCAGAUUAAGCUUGUAGCCAUUGGCCCCAGUACAACUCGUGCUAUGGCUGCCAAGGGCCUGCCUGUGAGCUGCACAGCAGAGAGCCCCACCCCACAAGCCCUGGCUGCUGGUAUCAGGAAAGUACUGCAGCCAAACAACUGCUGCUGAGGUCUGCACUGAGCCAUCUCCUUCCCUGUACAUGGGACAGCUUGCUGCUGCCUCUUGAAUGGAGAGGGACUCUGGAGAAGCUGCCUGUGAGCAUGUCACUGUGCUCCAUGGAGUCCAGCUUGGAAGCUAGGCCAUGUUCACUGGCCACUGGACCCUGGGAGAAGAACUUCCUGUGCUUAGAAAGAAGGAAAUGAAACCAACCACAAUGUGACUCGCGCUUGCUGCCCACUUUUUUAAACAAUUAUAUUUAUGUGUAUGGA